AUGGCCACAUUUUAUUUGGCCCAUUUUGUGACAUUUGUGAUAAUUCCCGAGAUGAAAGGUUUUUUUCACCGUCUUCCAGGAGCUCGUUUCAAGAGAUUCCGGAACGCUGAGGAUGCGAAGCAGUAUGCUGAAAAAGGUGAUCAGUUCAGCAACAGCAAGGAACCAGCAGCCGGAAGCCCAUCUCUUGCCGAACCAUCUGUAUCCUAUCCGGCAGUAUCACGCAUUAUGUUAAAUCGUCUCAAAAAAUCAAUUGAGAAAAAAGUUUGUUUCAAAAUCAGUAGCACUGUUAAAUAA